AUGUCCGACGCGGACCCUCGACGACUGACGUUCGAGGAAGCGACUACUCGUCGCGGCGACGGCGCGGACGAAGACGUCCCGGAGUGGCUGCGACUGAAGCGCGCGAAAGGCGCGGCGCUGCGCGAGCGGCUUCCGAAGCGUUCGUCGGGGUCGACGACCUCGACGCCCCCGGUCGCGGCGCGUCGCGCGUCGCCGCCGUCGUGGACGCCGUCCCCGGGGUCGUCCGGCGGAAGGCCGCGGUCGUCAUCGAGCCGCGUCGUGGAGCUCGGCGUCCUCGACCGGUUCCGUCUCACCGCGACGCUCGUGGAGGAGGACGAAGGAGGGGGGGAGGAGGAGGAGGAGGAGGACGGCGACGUCGACUCCGAUUCCGCCUCCUCCUCCUCCGGCGGCCUCGAGCGCGAAGACCUCAGGAUGCGCGUCCCCGAGGUCUUCGACGCGGACGCCGCGACGCUCGCGGGCGGCGUCCCCGCGCGUCCGUCGCGUUCGCCGAGGAAGGUCGAGCCGAUGGAUGGGUCGACAUCGUCAUCGCGCCCGCCGCCGCCGCCGACGGCGUUGACAUCGCUGGAGUUCCCGGAGACGGACCGACGCGCGGCGGCGUUCCAGGCCCGAUGCGACGAGGUUCUGCGCGCGGUGGACGAAGAGAUCGAGCGGCGGCGCGGGAUGACUAGCGGAGUAGCUAGGAUAGCGUAACACGUAGACUCCGACGACGAUAGACGACCAAAACCGAAACCGGUUCAAAAAGAACGAUUCAUCAUCAC